AUGUCGGAACAAACCACCGUCUCUCCAUGCUGUAUCACCGGUCACAUCCACCAAGGUGAACCUCUCGGAUCAUUCGAGAUUCUCCAUGGGCUACGAACCUACGUAUCCAAUCCCAAGCCUCCCGCUGAGGGGAAACAAAAUGUAGUCGUACUCAUAUCGGAUAUCUUCGGUGUGGACCUGAUCAACACCAAGCUAGUUGCAGACGAGUACGCCGGAAACGGAUGGAAAGUACUCCUACCCGAUUUCUUGGAAGGAGAUGCGAUAGAUCAUAAUCUGCUUAAUGCGAUCGUACCUAACCUCAGAGUUCAGGCCGAAGCGACUGUAGCUUCCAAAGCUGUGGAUUCAGCUAAGAUGGCUGCUGCGAUGGGUCCGUGGAUCACCAAGCAUAGAGAAGCGGUCUCAAAGCCAAUCAUCGAAAACUUCUUCAAAGCUCUUAGAGCUGAUCCUUCAACAGGCAAGAUCGCUACGAUCGGGCACUGCUGGGGAGGUCGGUACGCACUUGUCCUUGCCCAAGAUGACUCGCCAGCCCGUGUCGACGUAGCAGUGGCUACCCACCCUUCAUUCUUGGUCAACGACGAUGUCAAACCCAUCACCAACGUCCCAGUGGCCAUCUUCAAGGGCACAGCAGAUGCAAUGAUGACUGAUGAAGCGUUGGAUGAGGUCGAGGGUAUAUUGAGAGGUAAUCUGGGUGAGAAAUUGGUUGUAAAGAAAUAUCCUGAUGCAGUCCAUGGAUUCUCAGUAAGGGGUGAUAUGGAGAAUGGUAAAGAAAAGGCUCAAAAGGAAGAAGUAACUAAGGACACAACCGAAUUCAUCUCCAAGUACUUUGAUUAG